UCGCUCGUCUUGUGCGGGUCUGUUGUCAGGACACUUUACGUCGCGAUUUAAUGACGCCAUCAGUCGUCACAACCGGUAGAUGCCGCCAAAACAUCUCGAGAAAAACCGACGUUUUCUCCACCACGUCCUGUCAGUUUUAAGAUUCAGCAUGUCCGAUGGUGACUUAUUUUCCGUCGAUUAUGAAGUAUUUGGAAAAGUCCAAGGUGUCUUUUUCCGGAAAUACACACAGGCUCAGGGGAAGAAGCUUGGUCUUGUAGGGUGGGUCCAAAACACGGGCUCAGGAACCGUGCAGGGUCAACUCCAGGGUCAACGUAAGAAGGUGAAAGAAAUGCAGGAAUGGCUUAAAACAACUGGGAGCCCCAAGUCGCACAUCAUCAAGGCAGAGUUCAAGAACGAGAAAGCGGUUUCCAGUUUAGAGCACUCAACUUUUACCAUUGUGAAAUGACAUAAUGGGGUGCUAUUAACAUACUUAUUUAUUUUGUCUGUAUUAUUUUUAUGUGUUGAAAAGUAUUGCCUGUAACAUACUAAAAAGUACACAUAGGUAAAACACUCCUUAACAUGUAUGGAAUGUGGAAAGGCUUUUAUAAACAAGAAAGCUAAAUAUAUAUCAUGGAUUAAAAGUAUCAUGAGUGU